AUGGCUCCAAAACAGCCACACGGCGCUGAGUGGCUAGUGUCUUACUCUCACGCUAGUUAACUCGCCCGCGGUGUGCUUUGGAGGGCCGCUUGCGCCGCAAGGGCUGCAAAACUCUCCAGCGGAGCAUCGGCAGAUUCAUUUCUCGACGGGCGACGCGCUUGAGUGUGCGAGAAACGGGAGCAGCUGCGCACCGCUGCAGAGCGAGCGCCUCAGCGCCUCAGGCCAGCGACUGCGCGACGCCGCCGCAGCGCGCGCACGCCGCCGCCGCCCUGUGCAGAAUAUGGCCGCCCGCAGCGACGCCCAAACUCUGGUAGCCCUGCGCUUCGUGGACUGCCCCCACGCCGCAAAUAGAUUAGAACAAAAAGUCGCGAAGGACAAAACCGAGGGUGUAGAAUUCACGCCGGAAGGCGACACGAGUGUGAAACAAGACGACUUCCACUCUCUCGAUUUCAGAUGCAAGAUCGAUGAUUUGGACCUGCCCGCGCGACUCGUCAAUUUACCGACCAUAGUAGAAACGCACAAGACAUGGGACCGAGAGACAUACGUGAAAUGUGGUGAUGUCGGUCAAAUACUACUAGUAUUCAAGGAUGAGAGCAGUAGAACCCAGGACAAGGCGCGGCAGGCCGCCCACGCCGGCUCAGCUUGGAGUUUAGUCCAUCCCGACGGCCUGACUCCUCCGCUCCAGGAUGUCAUCCGGAGGCGCUUCUCGAAAGCUAGAAAGAGAUCUCGCAAAGAUGUCACGGUCGAGGAAGUGCGCCGGGCCGAAGAUCUGCUCGUGGAGCUCCGAAACAACGACAACGAAGUCGCCGAGGAGACGAUCUGCGAGGAUAUAGUACGGUUCGAAGACUGGAUGAUCGACGCGAACGGCAAGGGGCGGGAGUUCCGGGAGGACGGGCUGCGGGAUUCGGAGCGGGCGUGGAUGUUUUUAUCAUCUUCUGAUCUUCGCGGUAUUCGCACGACCCCGGUCCUCAUGCCUGGAAAGCCGGCGGUGCAGGGCCCGGACCUGUCAACGUUAGCUGGCGUCACGGCGUACCGAACGAAAGUUGCGGAAAGGCACAGCAAGCUCGCGCAGGACGUGGCGACGCUCAAACGUACUGCGGCAGCGGCGGGAGGUCAGGUGCCUGAGGCCGCGCAGCGCGACUUACUGAAAAAGGAGGAGCAGCGCAAGAAGCUUGGUAUUACUAUGGCGCGGCUCGACCAAAAAAUACUCGAGUUUACUGCCGCUGCCGCCGGCGAGCAGCUCCCGGCCUCCGCGGCGGCGUCGCCGAAGGCUCCUCCUGGCGCGGGCAAGCGCAUCUCGCUGAAGCUGCCCGGGGCGCCCGCGCCCGCAGCGGGCUCGGGCAAGCGGCUGUCUCUCAAAUUACCGACGCGGCCCGCGGAGCCUGUUGUCGAGGCGCCGCCGAUGGGGACGGCCGCGCCGAUGGACGUCGAGCCGCCGGCGGCGCCGCGGACGGGCAAGCGGCUGUCGCUGAAGCUGCCCGCGCGGCUCGCGGACCAGCCCCCACCGCCUCCUUCUCCGCCGCCGCCGUCCUCGAGUGCGAUGUCGGAUGAUUAG